AUGCGAAAAAGAAAGAUAUUCCUAAGAGCCAUCCUGCUUCUGGCUCCUUCACGUGUCCUCGCGUACAAUAGCAAUGACAUGAGAUGCCAGCUGUAUGGAAUAAAUUACAAUGAUUGUCUCAGCUCCAUCUACAGGCCCAUGCCAGCAUACGACUCGUAUGCCAAGAGCUUCAAUCUUCCGAUCCACAAGGAUGAAGCGUGCGCUUAUUCGAUGUGUAAAAUAGCUAUGCUGGCCAAUGGCCUGGAGAAGUUCAUAAGCAUAGCCAAUAAGGCGCACCCGCCAGGAGAGUGCAUCUGCCUGGGCAGUAAUUCGUGCGGCUGCGAGACCAUGGCUAUUCCCAGCGAGAUUCCGCAUAUGCACAUUCCCUCGGUGGUCACAAAAACCGUCAGCAAGACAAAGACAGUGCGGGUGAAUGUGACAGAAAGCCCGCCAGAUGACGAGACAAUAGAAGUGCACAGAGUGCCCAUCUCUGCGCUGGAUAACGUGCUCUUUGGCGGGAAGACACAGAAUACCUUAUUAGAAGAGCUAGAUAAAAAAAUACAGAUUUUGCAAAAUCAAAACUUUCCCAAAAAACUGCCGAAUUUGAAGCCAAACCACAACAUCAUGGAGAAUGCCAUGGUUCCCCCCGAGAACGCUGCUCUGCGGGAGAUACCAAAGUUUCACAUGGAUGGGAAUGUAAUAACUAUACCGUUCUCUACCACAACCACAACAGUGCAGGUGUCAGUUCCGGUUUACAAGACAACGGUGAGAACACAGUACGUGGUGAACACGGUGGAUAAUUACAUCACAGAAACAAAGACAAAAACAGAAAUAAAAACAGUGGUAAAGACAGAAACAGAAACAACGACCAAAACACAAACAGAAACAAUCAGUGAUCACGUGGAGAGGACUAAAUUCAGCACAAUAUUCGUACCAAAGACAGUGACAGUAGACAAAGUGUCAAUAAAAACCAAGCAUGCGACUAAGACAACCACAGUUACAACAGUGAAGACAGUGCAGCCAACAGAAGAAAAAACAAAAAUAAAGACAAAAACAGAAGAAAAGAUAAUCACGCCAUCAAGUGAGCCAAAGGCAGACAAAAAGUACUACAUCGUUAAAAAGCUAGUGAAGAAAAGACUCGUGUGCAAAGAAGGAUGCACCAACCCAAAUAUCCCCCUGUCCGGUGAGUGCCCUAUGGGAGCCAUGGGGACAUGCCCGCCCAACCAAAUGCACCCGGGAUUCAUCAGGCCUGCAGCACCCACAAAUAUACCACGCAGCGGAUGCAUAGGCGCAGAGUGCCCGGAAGUAGUCAAAACAGUGUAUGUCAAGUCAUCAGCACCUAUGUCCGUAAAAUAA